CGACACCCCAACUAAACACUCGGCGUCUGGCAAUUCGGCCGUCCGGAAGCGGCUGGCGAGCGGAGAAGCGCCGUCGGUUUGAGAGGAAAAGAGAGGCCGACGGUUGCUUUGGUGGGUGGGUGGGUGGGGCCGCGUGUGCUGUAACCUGCCUGUAGCUUCGGGACGAACAAAGGGCAGGGUCCGGAGCGGUGGGCUGAGGCUUCAUGGAGCGCCCGCUCCUUCUUCCGUUGCGGACGCUCGCCUGCAGUUGGGAAAGGUCUGUGGAGGCUACGUGCGUGGAAGGGCUCCGCCUCGGGACCCAGCCAGAAGCUUGAGGUCGACCGCCGGCUGCGAAGCCUCCGGGGCAAUCGAGAGAGAGCGACGUUCAACGGCCUCCGGCGCGCUGAUUGCAGCAACCUCCAGCCCCAGCAGCCUGGAGGAGGUGGCGGCGGCGGCGGCGGCGGCGACAAGCGGGGCUUCGAGCAGAACGGUGUCGCUAAAUCCUAGGGGCCCUCGUCCUUCCCUCCGUGUUUUUCCUCUUGCUUGUCUCUCCCACCGCCCGUUUUCCUCUUUCGCCUUUCCCAGAAAAAAACAAAGCUCUGUCCGAGAAGCUGUUGCCAUCGGCUGCGCUUCUUUGCCCCGGACUUGAAGGGACUGCGAUUUUGGGCAAGCCCCAAGAGAGGCAUCCAGGCAGGCCGAAGGGGAGCUCCUUUGGGGCCAUCCAAAGGGGAAGACUGCUUGGCCUUGGCUCCAAACGGCGGGAUACGAAUAUUUUCCCUCUCUGCCUGUGAAUAAACUGGCUCCGUAAGCCCCUAACCUGUGCCGUAUCGCUUAGAUCAGAACAGCUCCGGGCUUAUUGGAUGUGAUUUGUCCCCGUCCGUCCCCCCGCCCCCAUUUUUUUUAAACCGUGACAAUUUUUUUCUUCUUCACUCUCCCACCAUUUUAAGUGUUUCCGAGAGUAUUGAAGUGGGGUGACUGGAUGGAGAGGUAUACGAGAUUACUUUUUGGCUUCUUUUGAUUGUGGAGUAGAUUGAUAUGAAUAGGUGCUCGUAAUAGGCACGGAGCAUCUCGUCGACGAAGAAUUUUUAACAAGAAGAUAGCGAUUUUUAAGAGCUGAAAAUGAUUCUGAAGUGGAUUUUGCCUUACUGGAGCUACUUGUCCUCUGUGCCCAUUUUGAUCCUGUUUAACUGUUACCCCCUCCCAGCGAGUGCAGAUAAUUCCAAUCUAAUAUAUUAUACAGCUCUCAUAAAUGUCACUGUGUUGAAUCCUGAUCGUUCAACGUCUGCUUCAAUAACACUUGAACGGGCACGCUAUGGACAAACUUCUCCCAAAAUAGGUGUCAAAGGCCUACUUCUGGCACCUUUGCCAAUCAAUGGAGUUCCAGAUCGUCUAGGAUGUGAUCCACGAACAAGGUUUCAGGUUCCUCCAAAUACAAAGCAGUGGGUUGCUCUGUUGCAGCGAGGAAAUUGUACUUUUAAACAAAAAAUUCUGCGAGCAGCUUCACAUAAUGCUUCAGCUGUGGUAAUUUACAACAAUGUAUCUGGCAACGAGCCUGUUACCAUGACUCAUCAAGGAACUGGAGACAUUGUUACGGUCAUGAUCACUGAAAUGAAGGUUAAAGAAAUCUUGAAUUAUUUAGAAAAAAAUAUGUCGGUCCUAAUUGCAAUAGCCGUGGGAACACGCCAUCCAAGCAAAAAUGUUAAUCGAAGUUCCCUUGUCUUUGUAUCCGUAUCAUUUAUAGUUUUGAUGAUAAUUUCUUCAGCAUGGCUAAUAUUUUAUUUCAUUCAGAAGAUCAGAUAUACCAGUGCACGUGAUCGAAACCAGCGUCGUCUUGGAGAUGCUGCCAAAAAAGCUGUUGGUAAACUAACAGCAAGAACUGUAAAGAAAGGUGAUAAGGAAACAGAUCCAGACUUUGAUCACUGCGCUGUUUGCAUUGAAAGCUAUAAGCAAAAUGAUGUUGUACGCAUUCUACCAUGCAAGCAUGUUUUCCAUAAGACCUGUGUAGAUCCAUGGCUAAGUGAGCACUGUACCUGUCCUAUGUGUAAACUGAAUAUUUUGAAGGCCUUGGGAAUUGUGACAAAUGUACCAUGUGCUGACAAUAUGGCCUUUGACAUGGAAAGACUAACCAGAGGCCAGCUAGGUAACAGGAGAUCAGUACUUGGUGACCUUAGCAGUGACAGCUCACUCACUCUUGAGCCCCUACGUACUUCUGGUAUAUCACAAUUUCCACAGGAUGGAGAGCUAACUCCAAGGACAGGCGAGAUCAACAUUGCUGUAACUAAAGAAUGGUUUAUUAUUGCCAGCUUUGGCCUCCUAAGUGCCCUGACACUCUGCUACAUGAUCAUCAAAGCCACUGCAAGCUUAAAUGCUAACGAAGCCGAAUGGUAUUGAAGAUACAAUCUAAUCAGCUGCUGCAGGAAGAAAGCACUUAUUUCUAUGAUCAUUUUUUGAUAAUGUAACAAGAAUCUGUUAGUACAUUUUGUUUGCAUAAUUUACUAAUGCUAAAGCUUUGUACUAAGAAAAAGAUCAAUAAAUUUUUUGAAAAAAUUA